AUGCCCAAAGUUUACCUGAAUCCAGACAUGAUUAAUCACUUGAAUUCCACAGUCCAGGUUUACUUCAAUUUAUGGUUGGAGAAGCAGAAUGCACUAUUGCGCUCUCAACCUCAGAUCAUUCAAGACAACCAAAAACUUAUAGGCAUUACGACAAUAGUUGCCACAAUCUUCACUCUCUAUGUUUUUGUCAAGAUAAUCUUCACUCCAACGCAUUGCUCUGCAUCCUAUAAACCAGCAAAGUUUUCCGUGUCUACACCAGAGCCUGCUCAGAAUAACUGGAAGGGCAAAAGGUCUGUAUCCACUGACAUAUGGAAUCCUGAAGAACCUAACUCUAUUCAAUGCCAUUGUCCUGCCACAGGUCAAUACCUUGGCUCUUUCCCAUCAAAGACAACCAAAGAUAUAGAUGAAAUGGUCUCCAAGGCAAAUAAGGCUCAAUCCACUUGGGGUCGUUCUGAAUUUUCAAGAAGAUUGAGAGUUCUGGCCUCUUUGCACGAUUACAUCAUAAACAAUCAGGAUCUUAUCGCUAGGGUAGCAUGCAGGGACUCGGGGAAGACGAUGCUAGACGCCUCUAUGGGUGAAAUCUUAGUUACUCUAGAGAAAAUCCAAUGGACUAUCAAGCACGGUCAAAGAGCUUUACAACCGUCAAGACGUCCAGGCCCAACUAACUUUUUCAUGAAGUGGUACAAGGGUGCUGAAAUCCGUUAUGAACCACUAGGUGUGAUCAGUUCUAUUGUUUCAUGGAAUUAUCCAUUCCAUAAUUUGUUAGGUCCUAUUAUUGCUGCUUUGUUCACUGGUAAUGCCAUUGUUGUGAAGUGUUCAGAACAAGUUGUCUGGUCGUCCGAAUUCUUUGUCGAAUUGACCCGGAAAUGCCUGGAAGCAUGUGAUGAAGAUCCAAACCUGGUUCAAUUGUGCUACUGUUUACCUCCAAGGGAAAACGAUGACUCUGCCAAUUAUUUCACUGCUCAUCCUGGUUUCAAGCAUAUCACUUUUAUCGGUAGUCAACCUGUUGCCCAUUAUAUUCUAAAAUGUGCUGCCGAAUCGUUGACCCCAGUAGUCGUAGAGCUUGGUGGUAAGGACGCAUUUAUUGUCCUAGAUGCGGCCAAGAACUUGGAGGCCCUAUCUUCCAUCAUCAUGAGAGGUACUUUCCAGUCAUCGGGACAGAAUUGUAUCGGUAUUGAAAGAGUCAUUGUCAGCGAGAAAAACUAUGAUGGUUUAGUCAAGAUUUUGAAUGAUCGUAUGGCAGCAAACCCAUUACGUCAAGGCUCUGAUAUCGACCACUUAGAAAAUGUCGAUAUGGGUGCGAUGAUAUCCGAUAACAGAUUCGACGAGUUGGAAGCUUUGGUUAAGGAUGCUGUCGAAAAAGGUGCUCGUUUACUUCAUGGUGGCUCCCGUUUUAAACAUCCAAAAUAUCCACAAGGUCACUAUUUCCAACCAACUCUCCUAGUAGAUGUCACAUCAGAAAUGAAAAUAGCACAAAAUGAAGUGUUUGGUCCUAUUUUGGUCAUGAUGAAAGCUAGAGAUACCGACCACUGUAUCCAAUUGGCCAACUCUGCCCCAUUCGGUCUAGGUGGCUCUGUAUUUGGUUCAGAUAUCAAAGAAUGUAACUAUGUGGCAAACAGCUUACAAACUGGUAACGUUGCCAUUAAUGAUUUCGCUACUUUCUAUGUUUGUCAACUACCAUUCGGUGGUAUUAAUGGUUCCGGCUAUGGUAAAUUUGGUGGUGAAGAGGGUCUAUUGGGUCUAUGUAAUGCCAAAAGUAUCUGUUUUGAUACUUUACCAUUUGUCUCCACUCAAAUUCCAAAACCAUUGGACUAUCCUAUUCGAAACAAUGCUAAGGCAUGGAAUUUCGUGAAGAGUUUCAUUGUGGGUGCUUAUACAAAUUCCACUUGGCAAAGAAUAAAGUCCCUUCUUUCGCUAGCUAAAGAAGCUAGUUAA